UGUGAGAUCUGGCACUGGCACCUUACCUGUUCGGUUUUUCUCCCCACGCUAACCUUCAACCACCAAGGACCGAAGCCACACCACACCAGCCGUCCUCGCGAUCUCUCCGUCUCCCAUCCCUCACCGCGCUCUUCUCCGCGCGCCUCCCCGCCGGAUUCGGAGGCGACUCGCGGGGCCGGUGCCCAGGCUGCUGGCGGCGGCAUCCGCGGUGGCGGGCUACCAUGGAGGAUCUGGGCAUCGAGGCGAAGGAGGCCGCGGUGCGCGAGGUGGCGAAGCUGCUCCCGCUCCCGGAGCUCCUGUCCUCUAUCGCCUCCAUCAAAUCCGACUACCUCGCGCGGCAGCAGACAAAUGAUGCACAACUCAGUACAAUGGUGGCAGAACAGGUCGAGCAAGCCCAUGCUGGCAUCAAUGCUCUAGCAUUAUCUCAAGAAACAAUAAACAAACUACGUGAGAACUUCAUUGAUAUAGACAAGUUGUGUCAGGAGUGUCAAACUUUAAUUGAGAACCAUGACAAGAUCAAGCUUCUUAGCAAUGCAAGAAACAAUUUGAACACAACUCUAAAGGAUAUGGGAGGUAUGAUGUCCAUUUCUGUUGAGGCAGCUGCUGCACGUGACUCAUUAAGCAACGACAAGGAGUUAAUUCACACUUACGAGAGACUAACAGCUCUUGAUGGUAAGAGGCGUUUUGCUCUAGCUGCUGCUUCAUCUCACAAGGAAGAAGUUGGAAGAUUAAGAGAAUACUUUGAGGACGUUGAUCGAACAUGGGAAACAUUUGAGAAAACAUUAUGGGGUCACAUCGCUAACUUUUUCAAACUUUCAAAAGAGAGCCCUCAGACAUUGGUUCGGGCUUUGAGGGUUGUUGAAAUGCAAGAGAUCUUAGAUCAACAAGUUGCAGAAGAAGCAGCUGAGGCUGAGGGGGCUGGUGCUAUGGCGACAAUAACAAACCAACGCAGAACUGCAAACAGAAAAGGUGCAGGGGUAACCCCAAGAAAGGGCACUCAAGAAAAAUCAAAGGUUCAGGGAAAGGGCUACAAGGACAAAUGCUAUGAGUCUAUCAGGAUGGCUGUUGAGGCCCGCUUUAAUAAGUUGCUUACUGAGCUUGUUUUUGUGGAGGACUUGAUGGAAGCUUUGGAGGAAGCCAAAGCAAUUGGAGCUGAGCUUGGCGAUAUAUAUGAUUACGUUGCACCAUGCUUUCCUCCUAGAUAUGAAAUUUUCCAGCUCAUGGUAAACCUGUAUACUGAAAGAUUCAUUCAGAUGCUUCGACUUCUCAGUGAUAGAGCAAACGAUAUUCAAAAUAUAAAUAUCCUGAAGGUGACUGGUUGGGUUGUGCAAUAUCAAGAAAAUUUGAUUGGUCUUGGUGUGGAUGAAUCACUUGCCCAAGUUUGUUCUGAAAGUGGUGCAUUGGAUCCCCUCAUGAACAUGUAUGUUGAGCGUAUGCAGGCAACAACCAAGAAAUGGUACAGUAACAUUUUGGAGGCUGACAAAACACAACCACCAAAGAGUACAGAGGAUGGAAAACUAUAUACACCUGCAGCAGUGGAUCUAUUCAGAAUAUUAACUGAGCAAGUUCAGAUAGUUAGAGACAACAGCACAGACGUCAUGCUAUAUCGCAUCGCUCUUGCGGUUAUUCAGGUCAUGCUUGACUUUCAAGCAGCUGAGAGGCAAAGACUUGAGGAGCCGGCUUCUGAUGUUGGUCUGGAAUCUCUAUGUGCAUUGAUUAACAAUAACCUGCGUUGCUACGAACUUUCAUCAGAGUUAAGUAGCAGUACAUUGGAGGCACUUCCACAAAACUAUGCUGAACAGGUUAAUUUUGAGGACACUUGCAAAGGAUUUCUAGAGGUUGCCAAGGAGGCUGUCCUCCAAACUGUUAGUGUUAUUUUUGAAGACCCAGGUGUGCAGGAUCUACUCGUGAAGCUUUACCAGAAAGACUGGCUGGAGGGAAUGGUCACAGAAUAUCUUGUCGCAACAUUUGCUGAUUACUUUGGUGAUGUUAAAAUGUAUAUUGAAGAAAGAUCAUUUCGAAGAUUUGUGGAGGCUUGCAUAGAGGAAACAAUCGUGGUCUAUGUUGAUCAUCUCCUUUCUCAGAAAAACUACAUAAAAGAAGACACAAUAGAGAGGAUGAGGUUAGAUGAAGAGGUGCUUAUGGAUUUCUUCAGGGAACACAUCAACGUGACAAAAGUUGAAAGCAGAGUGCGGAUUCUGGCAGAUAUGAGGGAGCUAGCUUCAGCUGAGAGUUUGGAUAGCUUUACUCUCAUUUACACAAAUAUACUGGAACAUCAACCUGAUUGCCCGCCUGAGGUUGUUGAGAAGCUUGUGGCAAUGCGGGAAGGCAUUCCAAGAAAGGAAGCUAAGGAGGUUGUACAAGAAUGCAAAGAGAUAUACGAGAAUUCGCUCGUGGAUGGCAACCCUCAGAAGUCCGGUUUUGUGUUUGGCAAAUUGAAGUGCUUGACAGCAAAGAAAGGCAUAUGGAGGAAACUUGGGCAGUAAGUGGUGACAUGCAGCAGAGUGGACAGACACCAAGGAAAGACUGUACAUUUCAUUUCUAAAUGAUCAUUCUUUUGUUCUUUUGUCGAUGCUACUGUUGGGUUUCACGUUUAUACUAUCAGUGUGUACGCAGCUUCAGGAGCAAAAGUGUAUAUUCCAUUUUACUUAGCUACAGAGAAUUUUGGUGUAAAAACAUGUAAUUUAUUCAAUAAAAUGAUUGUUAUUUGCAAGAA